UGCUGUCCUCCGACCCUCACAGACUAAACCCAGGUCACUCUGGCUAGAAGUGAGAGUCAAACAGGUGGCCGUUCCGUUUAAACUGGCAUCCUUUCUGUUUCAAUGUUUUCACAAAUAGAACUGUGAUGGAUUUAAACCUCACGCGCGCCGGGCACGAGCUCGGCGCGCUGGCGCACAGGCUCUUCGGCAACAACUCGUUGUUUCCAUUUGAAAACACAACUUCCAACACCGACGAGGAGGACUUGGAGGUCAACACGAAUGUUUACUCCAAGGUGAUGGUCACCAUCAUCUACACCGUCCUGUUCGCCGUGGGCUCCGUGGGGAACUCCAUCACGCUGUACACUCUGCUGACCAAGAAGACGCUGCAGAACCUCCAGAGCACAGUGCACUACCACCUGGCCAGCCUGGCCGUGUCCGACCUGCUGAUCCUCGUGCUCUCCAUGCCCAUCGAGCUCUACAACUUCAUCUGGAUCCACUACCCGUGGGCGUUUGGCGACGCGGCGUGCCGCGGGUACUACUUCCUGCGGGACAGCUGCUCGUACGCCACCGCGCUCAACAUCGCCAGCCUGAGCGUGGAGCGCUACAUGGCCAUCUGCCACCCGUUCAAAGCCAAGAGCAUCAUGUCCCGCAGCCGCACCAAGAAGCUCAUCAGCGCCAUGUGGCUCGCGUCCUUCGCGCUCGCCGUGCCGAUGCUCUUCGUCAUGGGCCAGGCGGUGCGUAAAGGCGAGAAGAUCUGCACCACCAUCGUGUCUCCCGUCACCAUUAAGAGCGUCGUACAGGUAAACGUGUUACUAUCCUUUGUGCUACCCAUGGUGGUCAUAUCUGCACUGAACGGGGUCAUAGCCAAUCACCUGCUGCGGAUGUUCCGUGAGGCAGAGCAGGAAAACCGCGUCUGUGUCGUCGGGGGAAAUCUGACCAUGCUGAAUGUCACCGUGGAGCCCAACCGCGCUCAGUCGCUCCGCCACGGGGUUCUUGUUCUGCGAGCAGUGGUCAUAGCCUUUGUGGUCUGCUGGCUGCCCUAUCACGCUCGUCGCCUCAUGUACUGCUACGUCUCCGACUGGUCUGUCGACAUGUACGACUUCUACCACUAUUUCUACAUGCUGACCAACGUCCUGUUUUACGUCAGCUCCGCCAUCAACCCAAUCCUCUACAACCUGGUGUCGGCCACCUACCGCCAGAUCUUCUUCUCCACGCUGCGCUACUUCUGCUUACCCUGCCGCCGCGCACCCAGGAGGCACCCCCACCCCUUUAUCCGCCACUCCAUCAGCAUCUCCAGCAACCACACCCUCUCCAGCAACAUCAUGAAAGAGACGGCAUACUGAUUAGGCGGCUGCGGACCCGUCUGUGCCACGUUGUGAAUGCCGAUCCAACGUGCUGAGAACGCCAUCGUUUGCCGCGUGGCGCCAAGUGAACACGAUGAGAUUUCAUUCAGGAUGCACAUUUGUUGUGUGGGAUUCUGUGUCGUCUUUUUUCAUUCAACAUGAGUUCGGGAAAUGAAAAAAAAAAUCACAUUAUAUGGUGGAAGUGUGAAAAUAUAAAAUGUUAUAAAAUGGAAAAUGAUCUAUAAAGGUUUUAUAUAGUAUAAGUGUUUUACCAUACCGGUUAUUCACACUGGCUUGUUGUUGUACACAGCUCUUGAAAGUACUACAUAACGAUGGCCUUUGGCAAUACUUACACCCCGACUGGUGCUGAAGGGUUCGGGUUUGUGUCCUUUGUGUUACAUUGAAUAUCUGUGGGUGAACUUUGAUGUUGGGGGAUAAAGUUGCAAAGUCGCUAUUUUCUCUUUCAAGUUGCAGUGAGAGCUGUGUGGGAAGAAUCCCUUGCGUCACCACCACUCACCCUAAAUGCCUCUCUGGCCUUUGUUCAGAGCAGCUUUUAACCUUAUACAGGGUGUCUUUAUAUGAAAGAUGAAUGUACAUGGGACUUGUAAAUAGUGGAUACAAAUUUCAUAAUGAUUUCUUGUUAAUUUCAACAAUGGUCAAAAAAACACUUUGAACAAAGAUUUUUUUUUUUUAAGUAUUUAGUCAUUAAAAAGAUCAUUAUUAUUGCCAACAUUUGUCCAUGAUUUAGCAACAGCGUUUUGAAAGGCCAAUGGAAUGGAGCUGUUGCAAAGGGCCAGUCAUCGUCAGAAUGAUGUAUGGUAUUAGGUAGCAUUGUAUGCCUUAAUUGCAACUUUAAUCUAGUCUUAUUGUGGAACAAAAUGUUUAACAAAAAGAAUGAUUAUUUGCCCAGAGCACCAACUCAGUACCCAUAGAAAUAGUGUGCAUAUUGGGAAAUCCUGCACUUCAUGAUUUAUGUCCUGAGGUACAUUUCAGUGCAAAUGCAAGAAAUAUUGUUUGUGUGUAACUAUAAACCUUAAGCCCUUCACCAAAAUGUUUGAUCUUUCCCGAACUUACAACUCCCGAAACCCAAGCUUAGCUGCUUUGGCCACUUGUACUUUGUGUCGUGGAACACAUCUGAACACGCAAGUUUUUAUAGCCGCUCCAAACAGAGCGGCUCAAGGUUCGGGGGAGACUCCGGCUGUCGUAGAGAUGGAAUAGCCUUCACCGUCGACUAGAAUAAUCAAUCCUCAACAAUCUUUUCCUCCACAUGUUUGCAAGUACAUUUAUUUCUGUCCCAGAUAAUUAACUCAGAAUGUGGAAAAAAGCAAUGGACCUCAAAAGUUUUGUUGCUAAAUGUAUCAGUAUCAGUGGUUUGCAGAUAUGUCCACUACCCAAAAAUUUCUAUCCAGGUCAUUUUAAUAUUAUUUGAGGACCAAGAGGGAGGGUUCCUUGUACUCGUGUAAGAUGAAAGUUUCGAUCUGGACUUGUUGUUUGUGCUGUCAGUAUUAUGAGACAUGGGUGUGUACGGUAUGCAGAGUGUGAGAGUAUGCAUGCAAUUGUAUGUUCCCUGAAGAGUACAUGUAACUUACAAUGGUACUAUUUUAUUUUACGGACUCUUGGUACUUUUUUGCUUUAAAAACGUGAUUGAAUGUUUUUAUUCACAAGAAGUUGGGAAACUAUUUACCUCUACAAGGUUUUUUUUUUUCCCAAAGUGAACCCGGCCUGGAACGUAGUCUUAAGUAAAGCCUCUAAACCCAAUUUAGCUCAAUACAAAUGGAAAUAAAUGUAUUUCAUAAGUGCCUUGAGCUAGAAAAAAAAUCCCUCUGCAGGGUAAAAACGCAAAAAUAAACAACAACGCUUUGUGACUUCAUCAACCAAAGCUUUCAUCAUCUCAAAAGAAAACAAACAUUUGUGCUUUACUUGAGUGUUUGAGCAGCAGACUGCAGAAGAAAUGACUCUGAUUAGUCGCUUACACUUCCUUUCGCCGACUACACCCACAUGUUGCUACUACAUACUCAAUGCAUAUGAAUUGACAAAAGAAAUGCUCAAUCGACGGGUGGUGGUUUAAAACAAGUUAUGUAGGUAACACUUACAGUAUUAGCUGUGCUUUGUAUUGGUUAAUGCAAACUUGUGUUCCUGUGAAGUAUCUGUGUUCUUGUUGAAUCUAUGGAGGCUUUAGCCAACAAAAAUAUACGUAUAUAUAUCAUCAAAUCUUAAUUUAGCCAAACAUUAGAUUCCUUGACCAUACAAUCCACCAGACAUACUGAAUGAAUUAUACUAAUGAUGCUUUACAAAAAGAUUCUGUAAAUCAUUUUGCAAACCACACAGAUGCAGCUGGAAACCUAUUUAUUGUACCACUCUGCACAGACGUGUAUAUGGAUAUUACAUAGUGAAUGUGUUGUGGCAGAGUGGUUUCUGUAUUUAAAUCAUAUGAAUAAUUUGCUUAUUUUAACUGAUGAUUCCAAUCAGCCAUGUUAACUGUAUUAGCAUUUUCGUCUGAAAGAAUACUGUUUAAUUGUAUUACAAACAAAUAAUAAAGGAAUGGAUAUAUAUGAUAUACCUA